AGCUCAUUGCUUCAGCCUGAUUCAUGCUUUCAGAAGUUUCCGUAACUUUUGUUGUGAUUUUUUGUGAUGUUGCUCAGUCUCACACACUCCCGCCUGUAGUCUCUGACGAGUCUCAGAUAAACACAGUGACUACUAGUUUCCAUCAUCUUGCAACACUGUUGGUGUGUUAGCAUGCUGGCUAAAUCCAGUAGCAGAAAUAUCUGAGUCUUACUUUUGUCUUGCUGGAAUUUUGUACUUCUUGAAAUUUUCUUUUUAAGCUAAAAAAUAACAAAGUCUUCACAGGAAUCUGGAACACUUUUCAUUUUAGUUUCUGAGUCAGAAAGUGCAAAAAGCACGAGACAAAACUGAGAGUACUUGAAAAGGAAAGGACAGGAACAAGACAAAUGACAUCAUGUCCCUUGUGACCCAGCCAUGCGUUGGAAAAGUGUGAAAUGUACCAGUGGGCUGGGAUUCCACACAUAAUUUACAUAUUUUCUCACGAUUUUCUGUCCUGAUUACAACGGUUGGAGGUUAGCCAAAGAGAAAAACCUCUCAUCUAAACCAUCUUUUACAAAUUUCCUCCAUUAGAGAGGCUGGAAGUCGAGACCCAGCUCAUGUUGUGUUUUUAAAUCUCUCAACUACAUCACCUGAGUGUGUGUGUGUGUGUGUGUGUGUGUGUGUGUGUGUGUGUACACGCUGAGAUUUUAAUAAAACACUCAGAGGCUUUUAGUGAAAUCUGUUUUCCUGCAUUCUGCUGACUUCGUAGAAUAAAUUAGAUGAGUCUGAUCACAUGAUGUGAACGAGCACUUUGAUUGGCUGAUUAAAGCGCCGUCUGCUUCACGUCUGGGCACUAGUAAUCAGUACAACUAUGGAGCCACAGUUCCUAGGAAGAUGUUCCAGAAAUGUUUCACGUUACUGUGAUGCUCGUCUUCCUCCGGGUGUCGGGGGUAGCAGCCCUGGCAGGGAAGUCCAGAACUUUCUCUCUCCAGCCUGGAGAUAACAUCCCUCCUGGACUGACCCCAAGGCCCUUUUCUUGGAAGGACGUGUCUAGAACAUCCCCCUUCCUCAUGGUGUGUCAAGGAGACAUUCUAACUGUGUCUGAACCACCUCAGCUGGCUCCUCUCGAUGGGGAGGAGCAGCGGCUCUUGCCCCAGUCUCUCCCAGACGUCCCAUCAUCUCUAAGGCUGAGACCAGACCAGAGAAAUCUCAUUCCUGCAUCUGUGAUCUUGUUCCUUUGAUCUUCCCAAAGCUCAUGAUGUGAGCUGAAGGUCGGAGCGUAGAUCCGCUGGUAAAUCAAGUCUUCACCUUCCAUCUUUGGUCUCUGUCCUCCACAAAGAUCUGGUCUCCCGGAUCUCCUUCAUCCAUGAAAAACCCCAGAGACCCUUAACACCCCCUCCCCUCCCCUUUCCUUGUUUAGGAUUAUGGCCUCUGAUUUGAUGACACCUCAUGACAUCGUGGGUGUUUUUGUGUUACGGUCAUGUGGAUGGAGACAGCUCGGAUGUCAUUAGGCCUUGGGUUGAUAAACCAGUUUUUUUAAACAUUUCUCUAAACAUCCAAAAGUUCCGACCUUUAAAUCCUCGCCUUCAGGCUCUGAUGUCAAAACAAGCCACUGCGAGAAUUACAACCAGUUCAUCAGAACGGUUUGGGUUUGGGACGUGACUGUGCCACUCUUAGUAGAAGACAGGAGGGGAAACACACCGCAGACCUUUAGACUUUAGAACACACACACGGUAACACAGGUGGAAAAGCACACCUGGUGCCGUGGGAGGGCGAGACUACAGGAGAGAGAGGUAACAGCAGAGCGGAGCGCUGAUCUGCUUCCUGCAAGGUUCUGGAGGGGAACUGAGACACUGGACUCAGGGAGUUUGAUCCUGGAUACAUCGAAGAAUUUGUCUCUUCUUCGGACUCCGGGCCCACUCUUCGACUUCCUUCUCCUCCUCUACAGUUCCCACCAUCACCACCAACUCAGGAAGCCCCGUCAUCCAAUCACAGCCAGCCAUGUCCAGCGGUUCAGCUACGCACCAAAAACCGGCGCGGAGAGCCGGCAUCUCGUCCUCACUCAUGGCAUUCAACUAAACUUGGCGAGGGUCAGCCAGAGUAUGACCCGGCGGCGAUGGACAUGCUGAGCUCCUGGCCCCACGGCUGUCAUGCUAGUGCUUCAACUACUGAAUUGUCCAGCGGGUUUGACAGCAUGGAGAGCCUGGACCCACCCCAGUCUUCUCAUCUCCACUCCACAGCACAGAACCAGCACCAGCAUGGUCACAAUGGGUCUCACCCAGCAUACUCCUCCAACCACCAGCUGUCCUCUUCCAGGUCAUCGAACAGUAUCGACCACCUGCACAGCAAGCGAGACUCCGCCUACUCCUCCUUUUCCAACUGCUCCAGUCUGGCGGAAUACCUCGCCUCGACGCCCUCGUACAGCCCGGAGCGCUCCUACUCUCUGGAGACGGUCUCUCAGAGAGGCGGAGGAAGCGCAGAGCUACUGCAGGUGGACGUUCCUCAUACCCGGACGUUUUAUGACAACCAGCAGGGCCUCUCUCAGGAGCCAGAGCUAAGCUCCACCUCUGCCACGUUGCUAAGCAACAGCGAUUCCAGAGGAGGUGUGAGAGCAGGACUAGCCCGAGAUCUCCAAGGUUCAGUUGGUGGUGUCUGUUACCGUAGCAACGCCAGUGGCAGGACCAGUGGCAGCAUGCCGGCUUCUAACAGGCACAGCGUUGGACCAAUAUGGGGCCCGGCGACUGGCCACAACUCGUACGAGAGCCUGAAAGGGGCGCCUGCUCCACCGAGGCGCAGCGACAGCUACGCCGCCAUCAGGAACCACGAGAGACCAAACUCCUGGUCCAGUCUGGAGCACGGCCGGUCUCUACGGUCUCUGCAGAAAGGUUCCUGGCAUCACUCCAGUGGCCCGGUGGCUUCAGCCAAAGGUUUGUUUGGUCCUGAUGGUCAGCUCCACACCGUGAUUGAGAAGAGUCCAGAAGGCAGUCCCACAACAAAGCCUCGACAGGGCGGGGCGUUUUCCCAGCCUCCGUUCCCGACCGGGCCCUCCUCUGGACUUGCUGGUCCCCCCUCCCCAUCCGGUCGGGUCUUUCUUCCUACAGGCGUGUACCCUGUUCCUCAGCCGGAGCCACAUUUUGCCCAGGUGCCCAGCUCCAGUUCCUGUCCAGGUCCAUCUGGAGUCUACCCUGCCAUGGCGAAAGAGAGCCGGCAUCAGCAGACACCGGGACCGUGUGGUGUCAACGGGAGGGAUGAGCGGAUGUCAGCUGAAGAAAAGGGGGUCCAAAGUAACGGUUCUUCCCAAUGCCCCAGCUCGUCUUACUCGGCGUCGUCACAGCUCAGGACUCGAGCACUCGAGACCGAGAGUAGGUAUCAGCAGCAGGAGCGGACCCAUAAGUCACACUCAAAAACAAUCGGGGGGGAAUCAGACUGCCAGAUUGGACCCCGAAGGACCCCAAAUCAGCAAGGGCCUUUCAUUCAAAACCUCCACAGGCUGCCUUCCGAAGAACAGAACCAGGAGUUCAGGGUUCUCCCUGUCCUUUCUGGUCCAGAACUUAAAACUUCUACCUCACAGGGAAAGAACGAUCCCAGAGAUCAGAGCCUUUCAGAGCCAGCAGCGUCAUCCAGACUUGCCCAGGGACAGGUGCGACCCACCUGCCCCUCACCUGCUCAACCCCAGCCUCAUGCUCCACCCACCCCCACUUCACAGCGGUCUCCUUGCCACUUCAGUGACUCAGCAGCUCCUCAGUAUGACCAACAACGAGAAGAAGACACCCACAGCGAGCACCCCCUGACUCGCCUGGAGAACGCUCUUGCUGAGGUCCAGCGCUGCACCAGCGGGGGUUUUGGCAGUAGCCAUGACAACGGCAGUUUUAGCAAUCCCACCCAAGCUCCUGCUCGCAGCCUCUCUGUUAUGGAUAAAGUGAGUCGGUUUGAGCGACGGGAACAUGGUGGAAAACAGCGCAGCCACAGCAUCAGCACCAAACCCACCCAAACCUGGAUGACUGAUAAAGGUCGUGGCGCCGCCCCGUGUGGAGCUGAUGACCUUAGACACAUGCUGGAGAGAAGCGUGAAAGUGUCCAAAACCCACCGGACGAUUAGCUUCAGAGGCGUCAGCGGCGAAUACAUGAAACACAGGAAAACAGCAGAUCCCAUCUCAGCCCUGCAGAGAAGCCGCAGCAGCUUCCAGCUGGAUGGAUCAAUGGACGGAGACAACAGCAAGGACUUUCCGUGGAAACAGGAACUUCAACAGAUACCGGACCCUCUGCAGGACUCAUCCUCCAUCAGAUGGAGAGACAUCAGCUCAUCAGUCAGCAGCCAGCAGCCUCCAGCCAUCCCUGCCAAGAACUACUCACUGGAGAAAAAAGGUCCUAAAACCAAGCCUAAACCGCAAGGUGUCGUCAUCGCGCCUCAGCUUUUGGUCACUUCCCCUCACACCCCAAAGGAGAGACACAUGGUCAGCCCUGACAUUCCAGACCAGAGCCCACCUCCUCUUCCCAGAGUUCCUCCGGUCGGACCACCUCCCCUAACCAGGAUCUGUGGCCGCAAGCGUCUGACAGCGAACCAGAAGAAGCGUUCGUACUCGGAACCAGAGAACAUGAAUGAGGUUGGGGUUUCGGAUCCAGAGACGGCUGCCUUUUUCCGGCGUGGAGGAGAAACCAGCGUGGCGGACCGCAGGAAGAUGUUUGAACUUGCAGCUAUUCGGGUCGGCAAAGGCACCUUUCAAAACGCCAUGUCCAGGUCUGACCUACAACAAGUCCGCCAGGAGGCGCUGGCUGAGUACGUGGAGAGGAAGCAAGGAGUUAGGAGAGAGGAAGGAGGACAGAGCAGGAAAUCGAGGCCUCGUAGCGCGUACCUUCAGUAUGAAAACAGCAGCCACUCAGACACCUUCAGCCUGUCUUCCACCUCCAGCCUUCUCUCCCUUCAGGAAUCUACCCCAGAUCAGAGCUUCCACCCUGGGGAGAGGAGUCUCUGCUCAACCCUUCCUCCUGGAGGUGACCUGCGGAGCUUCCAGUCCAACCUUUUUUACCCAGGCAGGGUGACCACACCCAGGCCUCCCGCACACCCGACACCGAGCACUUCUCCUGGAUCGGCUCUUGAGCUCCAAACCCAAACCUACCAGGAUCUCAACCCCGAGGCCGGCAUCAGCAGACCGAGUCUGUCUCAGCACAGAGACUCGAGUCAAGACCACCAUCAGCAGACUGCCGAACCUCGACUCAGGCCAAGACUUUCCAAGAAACUCAACGAGGCUUUGCAGAGGGCCGGAUCGCCUCGCAGGUCUGCUAGGUCGGUCUCGGCUGAAGACCUCCUGGAGCGUUUGGAACACCAGCCAUCGUCUCCUCGACAUCACCGCUCUCUGUCCUCCCCGACCGCAGAGAAGCCCAACCAGGACUUUUUUCCAGAUGAAGUCCAGAUGUUUGGUGUCUCCUUCUCUGAACCUGGACGCUGCGCCCUGGCUGCAGACAGACCUGCAGACGUACACACAUCCGGAGAUCUGGUCUCUCCCCAGACGUCCCGGUACUCAAGGAGCACCCCUCAGCCUGCAGGACCUUCUCAAGACCUCCACGCUCCCGUCACUCGUAGGGAGCGCCAGAGCACCUCCACUCUGGCGGCUUCGGUCGGCCUCCCCUGCCCCCUCUCCCCCGCUGGGACUCCAGAAGGAGGAACCUCCGAGUGGAAGGCCAGUGAGAGGCUGAGUCAGGCCAACCUGGACGCCAUCGCUUUCCCCGACGUCCCACGAAGCGGCGCGAGCGACAAAAGGCCUGACAGACGCGGUCUGAGCGACGUUCUGGCAGACGAGCCGAAGGACGGAUUCAGAAACCGAGCCUUCAGCCUGGAGACCGCUGGAAGGAGUGCGGUUCCUCCUGUCACAUCUGCUCCUCCUCCAUUCACAAGGUCCGGUGGGAGUUCUCCAUCUCCUCCUUCAUCGGCCCAUCAACACCUGUCCUCUCUGAGGAUCUCAGAGUCCAGCUUCUUUGAAUCCUUCGAGCAGCAGAAACUUAAGCCUUCGCUGGGACUAGACACUCAGGAGGACUUGGAUGAUGUUUUCUUCCAAAAUCCUCCUCCUCCACCUCCUCCACCUCCACCUCCUCCACCUUUAACAGAGACAGUCAUCUCAGAGGACUUCCCCCCUCCUCCACCUCCUCUGGAGAUGGAAGCAGUGCAGAGUUCAGACUCUGAGACCAGGUCCGUCUCCACCAGGGCGUCCGUGUCCCGGUCCUCUCCUCCUCCGAAUCCACAGCCGUCGACCUCCCUCACCUCCACAGCCGAGGACGACGUGGCGUUGGAAUACCAGCCGCUGCUGAGGCGGGAAAAGACACCGGAGGAGCUGAGAGCGGAGGUUCUGGCUCGGCAGCUGGUGCUGCAGGACCCGUCUCUGGCGCCCCUCUUGGACACCUGGGGGGGUGAAUCCACCGUGGAGCUGAUGGAGGAGAUCUUUUCCAACAGCAGACUGACUGAUGAACCACAGAAGCAUCCAGAUGAAAGGAUUCAGGGUGAGAGCUUCAGUCACGCUCAGAGUUCAGCCCCAGACCAGAGGAAGGAGACGAAUCUGGAUGAAGAAGAAACAGAUCUCAGUGUCAAGAAGGUGGAUCUGUGUGAGGCUCUGAGGAGCAGCCUGGUGGUGCUCCAGGAGGAGAAACAGGUGCUGAGUGAGGAGCUGAGACAUCACCAGGCUCUUGGCUCCAGCAUCGCGGCACUGGUCCAGGAUCAGCUCAAACCCAACGAGAAGGAGAAGUACAGCGUGUUCAUCGGAGACCUGGAGAGGAUCGUGAACUUGCUGCUGUCGCUCUGCAACCGCCUGUCGAGGAUCGACAGGUCCCUACUCCGUCUGCAGAGAGACGAGCUGGGGACGGAGGACGCGGCUGAGGAGAAGGACUCACUUCUUCACAAACGUUCUCUUCUGCUUCGCCAAACCGAAGACGCCCGGGAGCUGAAGGAGAACUUGGACCGGCGGCAGCGAGUGGUUCAAACUAUUCUGUCUGGCUACCUCACCAAACCACAACUCCAAAACUAUCGACGCUUUGUCAGCACAAAACCCUCCCUCCUGAUUGGCCAGCGGCACCUGGAUGGCCUUAUACUGCAGGGGGAGGAGCAGCUAACCCGACUGGUCAAGAGCCUUCCAGCAGAGCUGGCAGAGGCUCGCGGUUGGUCGACGGUGGGCCUGCUCUCAAACUCCGCCUCCUGGUCCUCUUUGGGUCUGUCUUCUAUGAUUCCAGGCCCCGCCCACUCUAUGCGGCCCACCACCGUGACAUCACUGUAGCGCUUUGCUCCUGAAAAACUCAGUGAAGGAGGUGUAGAUGAAGGAAGAUCAAAACUAAACGACUUUUCAGAACCACAAAGUGCUCCUGUUGGAGGAUUUUCAGAAGAGACGUGUUAUGUCAACAAGAAACUCAUUUUUUCAUUCAGCGUGCGACCUAAACGCCUCUGUGGUGCUUUCAGACACCUCCGGGAAGUCCUUACUUGGUAGGAUCAGAAGAAAGAUGCGUGAGCCCAAAGAUAAAGGAUGUCAUCAUCUGCAAACGCUCGCACUUCUUCGCCGAAGAUUCCCGGCUGAAACGAACCCUCGCUCUGCUCUCGCACAUGUACGGCUGUCAGCUUACGGGAGAACACUAACACCAACAGUUAAAGGACUUUGUUUUAUUUCACUCCAUAGAUGUAAACGUGCAUUAAUCCUGACCGGCUUGGAGGGAACGGUAACCAGCAGCUCGUAGCUUGUGCAGUCCCACACCGGUUCACUUCCUGCCAUCUAAAAGUUCACAUCCUAUAAACCUUUCCUCGGAUCUCAAAGUGCUUCACGAUACAAGUUUUAUCACAAAUAUCAGAACAUCUGAAGGGUUUGGUCCAUUUUAUCACAUAAAUUUAAAUGAAGGGUUAAAAAAACAAUUUACUCCCCAAAGAUAUUUAAUGUAACCCUGAGCAGAGGCAGAUCUCCACCUCUAGAUUAUCAGGUUUCAUUCAGUUCAUAAGAUGAUUUAAAUAUCAAAGUUCUGCAGUUUUCAUCCAGCAAAGAAUAUCCGUCUCACAAAAUUAACUUCUCCUUAUUUAAUCUGUGCCUGACUGUUCAAUAAAAGCACUUUGACAGCUC